CGUUCCGGGACACAUCGGAGAAACAAAACUGCACUUGAGCUCGACUCGUCACCGGGCUGGGUGAACCGUAUAAGCCUUUAUUGUAGACGACCUGGAACACACCCUGUCGUUAUACGUCGUUACCAAGCGGGAAGGAGCGGGUUGCAGUCAACUGACCAGUGUCUCUCUUGUGGCUUUCAGCUAGCUGGCCGGCUAGCUAAACACGGAGUAACCGAAGAAAGAAUAUGCCGCGGGAAAUCAUAACCCUUCAACUAGGACAAUGUGGAAAUCAAAUUGGCUUUGAGUUCUGGAAGCAGCUGUGUGCAGAGCAUGGCAUCAGCCCGGAGGGGAUUGUUGAGGAAUUUGCAACUGAGGGGACCGACAGAAAGGAUGUAUUCUUCUAUCAGGCGGAUGACGAACACUACAUCCCUCGUGCUGUUCUCUUGGACCUGGAACCCAGGGUAAUCCACUCCAUCCUCAACUCUCCAUAUGCCAACUUGUACAACCCAGAGAACAUCUACCUGUCUGAGCAUGGUGGAGGUGCAGGGAACAACUGGGCUAGCGGCUUCUCUCAGGGUGAAAAAAUUCAUGAAGACAUCUUUGACAUCAUUGACCGGGAGGCAGACGGCAGUGACAGUUUGGAGGGGUUUGUCUUGUGUCAUUCCAUUGCUGGUGGGACGGGCUCAGGUCUUGGCUCCUAUCUGCUGGAGAAACUCAAUGACAGGUACCCCAAGAAGCUGGUGCAGACUUAUUCCGUCUUCCCCAACCAGGAUGAGAUGAGCGACGUUGUCGUCCAGCCAUACAACUCACUGCUCACACUAAAGAGGCUCACCCAGAAUGCAGACUGUGUGGUGGUGUUGGAUAACACGGCUCUAAAUCGCAUCGCCACGGACAGACUGCAUAUCCAGAAUCCAUCCUUCUCCCAGAUCAAUCAGCUGGUUUCCACCAUCAUGUCUGCCAGCACCACCACACUGCGUUACCCAGGAUACAUGAACAACGACCUUAUUGGCCUGAUUGCCUCCCUUAUCCCCACACCACGCCUCCACUUCCUGAUGACUGGAUACACACCGCUCACCACUGACCAGUCGGUGGCCAGUGUGAGGAAGACCACUGUGCUGGAUGUGAUGAGGAGGCUUCUGCAGCCCAAAAAUGUCAUGGUGUCCACAGGCAGAGACAGACAGACUAACCACUGCUACAUCGCCAUCCUCAACAUCAUCCAGGGAGAGGUCGACCCCACACAGGUGCAUAAAAGUCUCCAAAGGAUCCGGGAGCGUAAACUGGCCAAUUUCAUCCCCUGGGGUCCUGCCAGCAUCCAGGUGGCCUUGUCCAGGAAGUCUCCUUACCUGCCCUCCGCCCACCGAGUCAGCGGCCUGAUGAUGGCCAAUCACACCAGCAUCUCCUCUCUGUUUGAGCGGACAUGCCGGCAGUAUGACAAACUGCGUAAGCGCGAGGCCUUCCUGGAGCAGUUCCGCAAAGAGGACAUAUUCAAGGACAACUUUGACGAGCUGGACAACUCUCGUGAAGUGGUCCAGCAGCUGAUUGAUGAGUACAGCGCAGCCACGCGACCCGACUACAUCUCCUGGGGCACACAGGAACAGUGAACUGACUUCUUGUUUUGUAUCUAAACUACAACCCAAUCAGCGUAAAUGCUGAGCUGAGUUACCUCUAUCUCAAUUAAAACCUGAAACCUUUCCCACAUGUAGGCCCCCCAAAUAUGUAGACACUUGUAAACAGAUGUUUUAUUUAUUUAUAGAUUUGAUGUAGCAUGGAAUGGUAGAGCUUAUUGUUAGUCUGAAGGUUAGGAAGGAAUAACAAUGUUUGCUCUCUCAUUGUGCCAGACAGUAAGAGAAAUGGUUAAAUUAAACUGAUAUUUUUCCAGGGUCCUCUCAAGAACCCCUGGAGUUUUCACACCCCAUUUAAAUAAAGCGAUCCUGCCCAAAGAGUCUAGUAAAGUGAUGGCAACAGUCCUUGCACUUCUUCCCCUUACGUUUCUGCUGAAGUAUCAACAUCUGUAUUUGGUUUCCUUUAUGCAACCCACUGUGGAUGGUUAUCAGUAGUUAUCUUUUUUUUUUUGUACAAAACUCUGCCUUUCCCUCUUGCCACUAAUUCUUUUUUUUCUUCUGGACAAUGUAAUUAACGUGUUGCCUUGUUUUGGCUGAUUUUCAUACUUGAGUACAGUUCUGUGGUUUUUGAGUAGUUGACGUACAGGGGCAAAAGCCCACACAGCCUAGAAAAUGCUUGGAUUGAGUAAUGGGAUUAGGUUGACAGACUUACGUGACAGGAUGGUAAAUGACAUUCUCCGAGUCUCAGACAUUUCUAGCAAAGUGUGUUGUACUUCUUGUCUGCUGCUGCAUUUUCAUAAAUGCACACAUAUUAAUUAGAACCCAUGGCGAUAAUCGGGCUGUCACCAAAAAAACAAUGUAUAUUGCUCUUUCGUAGCUGCUGUACUCGUCUAAUGAGAUCAUCGCAAUUUGACAUCUGCUUGAGCCAAACAUUGAUGGUGUUACAGAGACUCAUACAAACUGCAUCGACAUUCAAAUAGCAGCUACACUUGUGCCGCCUAUAGCCGUGUAAGUAACAAAUUGCACAGAUGGACAGAAUUUAGUUUUAGCACUUCCAGCCUUGUGCCUGUGUGUAUAUAUAUAUAUACGUUCUCAAGGGUAAUUGGGUCAUCUGUAUUCUUUGAGUCCUUCAAAUGUGUUUACUGUUUCAUGUUGCUUUGCUUGUUGGACCUGUGUAAAAUGAUGAAUAAAGAUGUUUUCUAUUAUUUUC